GGCCAGAUGUUAAGGCUUUCUUUGCGACCAGCUUUGGAGCAGCAUAUAAAGUCGGCAAAUCACCACCACGACGACCAGCGUCCCAAUCACUUUUUUCGCAUCCGUUUCCUGGCCUGGAAGAUAGCUCUUCCAUCGCCGUUUUCCCCUUCUUGAAUUCCUGUGCAAACCUCAAGAUUCUAAUAAAGCCAUUUUUUAGAUACAUUAGCAUAACAAAACCCUUUCCUAUUGUUUCCGAGUUUACUCGAUUCGGAUCACCAUUUUCCAACCCGGUUCGAUUCGCACGGACAUCGAUGGCACUCUCGGCAUCUGACGUACCGGCGAUGUACUCGUUGCUCGCUAAUUCAAUGAGCGGCGAAGAGAGCGUCCGCAAACCGGCCGAGGCGGCGCUCUCUCAGUCAGAGAGCAGGCCUGGCUUCUGCUCUUGUCUCUUGGAAGUAAUUAUGGCAAAGGAUUUAGUAUCUCAGGUGGAUAUCCGGUUGAUGGCUUCGGUGUACUUCAAGAAUAGUGUUAAUCGGUACUGGAGGAAUAAGCGCGAUUCUUCGGGAAUCGGCAGCGAGGAGAAAAAACACCUGAGACAAAAACUGUUGUCGCACUUGAGAGAGGAGAAUUAUCAGAUUGCUCUAAUGUUGGCUGUGCUCAUAUCCAAAAUUGCUCGUAUUGAUUACCCCAAAGAAUGGCCAGAGCUCUUUUCUGUUUUGGCACAUCAGCUUCAAUCAGCAGAUGUUCUUACUUCCCACCGGAUUUUUAUGACUAUUUUUCGUACCUUGAAGGAAUUGUCCAGUAAACGUCUUACUUCAGACCAAAAGACUUUUGCAGAGAUAUCAACACAUUUCUUUGAUUAUAGCUGGCAUGUUUGGCAGAGAGAUGUGCAGACCAUAUUAAAUGGUUUCUCUACCCUCUCUCAAAGCUAUAAUUCGACUGAUCCAAACCAUUAUCAUGAUGAACUUUAUCUAAUAUGCGAGAGGUGGUUGUUGUGCUUAAAGACUAUACGACAGCUUAUAAUUUCAGGGUUUCCAAGUGAUGCAAAAUGUGUACAGGAAGUCCGGCCAGUCAAGGAGGUCUCUCCUGUUCUCUUGAAUGCGAUUCAGUCCUUUCUUCCAUACUAUUCGUCUUUUCAGAAGAUGCAUCCUAAAUUUUGGGACUUCACAAAGAGGGCAUGCACUAAACUGAUGAAGGUCUUAGUAGUACUACAGGGAAGGCAUCCUUUUUCAUUUGGGGAUAAAAGCGUGCUCCUUCCAGUUAUGGAGUUCUGCUUAAACAAGAUAACAGAGCCUGGGCCAGAUUUGUUGUCAUUUGAGCAAUUCUUGAUUCAAUGUAUGGUGAUGGUGAAGUGUGUACUGGAAUGUAAAGAAUACAAGCGUAUUCUCACUGGUCGGGUAAUGGAUGAAAAUGGAAUUACACAAGAGCAGAUCAAGAAAAACAUUUUGAAUGCUGUUGGUGGUGUUUUGACUUCAGUUUUGCCUGAUGAAGGAAUAGUUCUUCUAUGUAAUGUAUUGAUAAGAAGGUACUUUGUUCUGAAUGCAAGUGAUUUGGAGGAGUUGUACCAGAACCCUGAAUCUUUUCAUCAUGAGCAGGAUAUGGUUCAGUGGACUGAAAAAUUGAGGCCGUGUGCUGAAGCUUUAUACAUUGUAUUGUUUGAAAAACAUAGCCAACUACUUGGUCCUGUUGUGGUUUCCCUUCUUCAAGAGGCAAUGAAGGGUUGUCCGACUUCGCUGACUGAGAUCACGCCAGGGUUGCUUCUAAAGGAUGCUACUUAUGGUGCUGCUGCUUAUGUUUAUUAUGAGCUCUCAAACUACCUGAGCUUCAAAGAUUGGUAUAAUGGAGCAUUAUCCCUAGAACUCUCAAAUGAUCAUCCGAAUAUGUAUAUCAUCCAUCGGAAAGUUGCGCUUAUAUUGGGACAGUGGGUUUCUGAGAUUAAAGAUGACACAAAAAGACCAGUAUACUGUGCUUUGAUCAAAUUGUUUCAAGACAAAAACCUUUCUGUCAGGCUGGCAGCCUGUCGAUCUCUGUGCUUACAUGUUGAAGAUGCAAACUUUUCAGAACGAGAAUUUAUUGAUCUGCUUCCAGUAUGUUGGGUUUCAUGCUUUAAGUUGGUUGAAGAAGUUCAGGAGUUUGACUCAAAGGUUCAGGUUUUGAAUUUGAUUUCUGUUCUUAUUGCGCAUGUUAGUGGAGUCAUUCCAUUUGCAGACAACUUGGUUCAAUUCUUUCAAAAGGUUUGGGAGGAAUCUUCUGGUGAAAGCUUGCUACUAAUUCAGCUUCUUAUUGCUUUGCGGAACUUUGUGGUUGCUCUUGGUGGUCAAUCACCCGUUUGCUACAACAUGCUACUGCCGAUUUUGCAGAAAGGAAUUGAUGUAAAUAGCCCAGAUGAACUUCUAGAGGACAGCAUGCUGUUAUGGGAAGCCACACUUUCUUAUGCCCCUUCAUUGGUGCCUCAACUAUUGGCAUGUUUCCCAUAUCUUGUGGAAAUCAUGGAAAGAAGUUUUGAUCACUUGCAGGUUGCUGUCACCGUAAUUGAGGAUUACAUUAUUUUGGGUGGAACUGAGUUUCUACAGAUGCAUGCUUCUAGUGUAGCUAGAAUUCUUGAUCUGAUUGUUGGAAAUGUCAAUGACAGAGGGAUUCUUUCAACUCUUCCAGUCAUUGAUACUCUAGUACAGUGUUUCCCUGCAGAAGUGCCUCCAUUGAUCAGCAGCACUUUACAAAAAUUGAUUACUGUAAGUUUGAGAGGAGGAGAUGAUCGUGAUCCUUCUAAGACAGCUGUUAAAGCAUCUUCUGCUGCCAUCCUGGCAAGGCUUUUGGUGAUGAAUACCAAUUACCUUGCCCGGUUAACAUCAGAACAAUCAACUUUUUUACUGCUCCAGAAGGCGGGUAUUCCAAUCAAAGACAAUAUACUUCUUUGUCUGGUUGAUGUCUGGCUUGACAAGGUAGACAAUGUAUCUUCCAUACAAAAGAAGGCAUUUGGCUUAGCCCUUUCGAUAAUUCUCACAUUGCGACUGCCUCAAGUCCUCGAUAUGCUUGAUCAGAUUCUGACUGUAUGUACAACUGUAAUUUUGAGUGGAAAUGAUGACUUGGCUGAGGAAGAGUCCAGUGGCGAGAAUCUGAGCUCCAGCAGGUCCCAUGGUGAGGGAAGCAUUCCGAGUAUAGAGCUAAGGAGAAGACAGAUCAAGUAUUCUGACCCAAUAAAUCAGAUAUCAUUAGAGACUUCAGUCAGAGAAAAUCUUCAAACAUGUGCUACACUUCAUGGAGAAUCUUUUAAUACAGCUAUUGGUAGCAUGCAUCCAGCAUCAUUAGAACAAUUGAAACAGGCAUUGAAGAUGCCAUAGUUCGUGAAGCACUCAAUUAUUCUUAUCAACUGGUGCCCUUUUUGUCGGAGGCUCUUCAAGUCUUCCGUUGUUCCAUAGAUCUAAAGAUAUGAUGAUAUUGAAGCUUCUGGGAUUGGAUGUGCGAGUUCUACAUCCUUUCUUUUCUAUGCUGUUUGCGAUGGGCUUUGGUUUAAGGUUGUAUUUUGAAAUUCAUUUGUAUGUGCAAAUUUGACAACAUGAGACUUUGUAAAUAGGUUGCGAAGCUGUACGUGUUGUAUACGGGGGGGGUGUAGAGGAUGGCGGAUGUGAGUUGAGAGGAGUGCAAACAAAUGAAAUGAAAUUCCUUUUUUAAUUUUUCCAGAAAAUGAAGGGAAGAAAAUGCAAGUCAGUUCUUUCACCA